CCGUCCUGGGGAGCUAAGGAAAUGAAAGCUAACACGUGGAAAUAGUGAUUUGCCGUAUUUUGCUUUUACUUCAGGGGGUUUAGUGCCUUUUAUAAACCGUGCCUUGUCAACUGUGACUCCGUGUAAUUCUCUGAAGGUGCCAGUGACCUCUCAGCGGACCGGUGAGCUGGUUUAAUCUGGUUUAUUAUGGCGGACAACACAGACGAUGACUCUCUGUACAGAAUUAAAGAGGGUGACUACGUUGUGUUGAAGCGGGGAGAUAUCUUCAAAGCUGUGCAAAUUCAGCCGAAGAAGAAGGUGAUAUUUGAGAAGCAGUGGUUCUUCCUGGAUAAUGCUGUGGGGCAGCUGUACAGCAGCACGUUUGAGAUUGUGUCAGGGAUCCUGCAGCCACAGAAGCCCAAGAACACAGAGAGCUCCUCCGAUGCGAAGGAGGCGGGCACAGACAACAGGAACAUUGUGGACGAUGGAAGAUCACAGAAGCUGACGAGGGAUGACAUUGAGACCCUCAAAGAGCAAGGUCUGAAGGGUCAGGAAAUCAUCCAGCAGCUUAUAGAGAACAGCUCGACGUUCAGAGAUAAGACUGAAUAUGCCCAGGAUAAGUACAUCAAGAAGAAAAAGAAGAAGUAUGAAAACACUGUGACGAUUCUAAAACCGUCCUGUCGCAUCCUGGCGAUGAUGUACCAUGGCCGGGAACCAGGGAAGAUCUGCCACCUGCGGUAUGACACACUCGCACAGAUGUUGACUCUGGCGAACAUCCACGCUGGCAGUAAAGUUUUGGUGUUUGAGACUUGUGCUGGCCUCGUUCUGGGAUCUGUCAUGGAAAGAAUGGGAGGCUAUGGCUCAGUGAUCCAAAUGUACCCAGGAGGUGGGCCUGUUCGGGCGGGUGUGGAGAGCUUUGGCUUUCCUGCACACUUUCACGAUAUGCUGCAUGAGUUUCCCAUCUGCCAUGUCAAUGCUCUGCUGGCAGGCACUCUGGACACCACUGCCAAAGAUCCCAGUGCUGCUUCAAAGCAGUCCAGCAUGGCUGCAGAGGAGGAGCAAAACCAGCCUGAGGCAGAACAGCAGGGCAGUCCGGAGGAGCAGAGCAUGGAGACAAACAGCGGCGCUGAUGGUGGGCACAACCAGGAGAAAGAAGAGAGGGAGAAACGCAAAGAAGCCAGAGCAGAGGAAAAAAAGGUGAAGCAGGAGGAGAAGCGGAAGAAGCUGGCAGCUGCUGCUGCCCUGCUGGAAGGCAGGAACGCCGACGGGUUGGUUAUAGCCAGUCGUUUCCACCCGUGUCCAGUCCUAAUGGGCCUGCUCAAAUUCCUCUCCCCCUCCAGGCCUUUUGUAGUCUACUCCCAGUACAAAGAGCCUCUCAUCGAGUGCUACACAAAACUCAAGGAACAAGGCGGCACGGUGAACCUCAGGCUUACAGACACCUGGCUCAGACAUUACCAGGUGUUGCCUAACAGGACGCAUCCUGUGCUGCUGAUGAGCGGGGGCGGGGGCUACCUCCUCUCAGGAACAACGGUCGCCACAGACCGCUCCAAACCCGCAGGCUCCCAGCAAGCGGAGGAACCAGCACCAAAGAGACUGAAACUGACAGACACUGAAGGAUAAACAAAUACAGAAGCAUCAAAUGUUUUAAGGGCACAUUACCGACGGCCUGUAGGGAUUCUUCCUCCAGCAUCGACUCCUCUUUCUGCUGAACUGAUUUGACACAUCUGGAAUAAAGGGAGACGGGAGUGUCUGGUCUGCAUUCAUCAGGGCACUUUGCUCCCGUCUCGUGUGUUCAGAUCAGCGCAGAUGAAGGCGUGAUGCUGAGGAGUAAACUACAAGCCAGUAGGAGCUCAGUGUACGUGUUACGUAAGGAACUGCUGAAGUAAUUUUGGUGUGUUGAGAGUAAGUGACAAAUUUGUGUCUUAUGCCUCGAGACCAGGUGUUUGUUUUUUUCCAGUUAAUGCUCUUCAGCUUCUAGGUUGUAACUUUUUUAUUUUGUUAUUCCUGCAGAAAGUGCCAUUUGUUAUAUGAUCCAGUUGCUAAUGCAGCCUCACUGCAGGUACAUCUGUAUCUGCACAGAAUUAAAAAGAACUACUAAACCA